AUAGACCCAAUUCAAGAAGCAAUUAAAUAUAUUAAAUCGCGUAAGGCUGGAGAUAAAUUCUUGUACUGCCAAGUUGCAAAAGCAUUUGGAGUUGAUCAAACAACGCUGUCGCGAAGGCACAAGGGUGCACAGGGCUCUAAGGACACACAGGCGGCCAAAGACUAA